AUGGAUCCCUUCCACCACCUCAACACCUCCUUCUCCAACCCGUACCACCCGCUGCUCUCCCCGUCGCCGCCGCCCCACCCGCACUUCCCACCGCUCCCGCCGCCGCCGCCGCCGCCUCCGCUCCCCGAGCCGCCGCAGCUGCCCUCAGCCUCGGCCGCCUCCAGCCUCGAGCGGGAGCGCCUGCCGCAGUGGUCCCACGCCGAGACGGCCGCGUUCCUCGCCGUCCGCGCCGACCUCGACGACUCCUUCCUCACCACUAAGCGCAACAAGGCGCUCUGGGAGGCCGUCUCCGCGCGCCUCCACGCGCAGGGCUUCGCGCGCACCCCGGACCAGUGCAAGUCCAAGUGGAAGAACCUCGUCACCAGGUUCAAGGGCACCGAGGCCGCCGCGGCAGCGGCAGCGGCGGCCGUCGUCGACCCGGCCUUCGCCGGUCAGUCGCAGCAGCAGCAGCAGCAGCCGAGGCCGCAGUUCCCGUUCCACGACGAGGUGAGGCGGAUCUUCGACGACAGGGCCGAGCGCGCGCAAGCAUUGGAGAGGAAGAGGGACAAGGGCAAGGGCGUGCGGGACGACGAAGGCGCCGGCGAGGGGGAGGAAGUCGACGAGUACGAGGAAGACGAAGAGACCGAGGCGGACGCCGCGGUGGGCGACGAGGAGCUGGCGGCGGACGCGAGCAGGGCCGGCGGCGGCGGCGCUGGGACGAAGAAGCGAAGGCGGAAGCAGCAGGCGGCGCGGGCUGCUAGUAGGGCGGCCGCGGAUCAGGGCGAGGUGGAGGCCAUGCUGCGGGAGUUCAUGCGCCGCCAGGCCGAGAUUGAGGAGCGCUGGGUGGAGGCCGCCGAGGCGCGCGAGGCCGAGCGCCGCGCGCGCGAGGAGGAGUGGCGCGCCGCCAUGGUCGCGCUCUGCGAGGAGCGCCUCGCGCUCGUGCGCCGGUGGCGGGAGCGCGAGGACGCCUGGCGCGCGCGCGCCGAGGAGCGCGAGGAGAGGCGCCACCAGCUGGUCGCAGCGCUGCUCGCCAAGCUCGGCGGCGGCGACUCGUGA